GCCUUUUCCUUCCUCUCACACUUACGCCCUCAAAUGGACUCAAUAAUCGAAGUCCAGCGACAAACACACGAAGAAAUAGAACGCUUUGAGCGUGCUCUCUAUAUUCUACUAUCUAGGAACUACCAGACCCAUGAAUCAAAACUUCAGGGCGAACACAAGGCCGCCCAGAUACUCGAACGUAUCGCGACCCGUGCCGCUUCACUCAAGGAUCUGUAUGAAGACGAGAGCGUGCGGAAAGCAGAAAUAGAUUCUCUCUCUUUCUCCACAGAACCAAACGACCUGUCAGAGUAUUAUUCGCGGUUGGCGAAAGUGCAGGAACAUCACGCCAAGUAUCCUAAUUCCGUGGUAGGAGCAUUGAAACUUGAAAUAGAGGCCAUACUUGCAGAGCCUAAUCAAGAGGGAUACGAGGAAUAUGAUGAAGACCCAAUAUCCCUACUUUUUUCGGGUGAAGAGGCUUACGGCAGAUACCUUGACUUAUAUGCUCACCAUACCGCGUAUAACAACCUCAAGAGUAUUGGAAGAAGACCCGGAUAUCUUCAAUAUCUUGACCUACUCAUGGGGGUCAAGGAUGGCCCGGUACAUAGCGAGUUACCCAAGGAGGUACGAUUCGCAAGGGAUUUCGAAAACUAUAUCAAGAACCUACACUCAUAUUUAGUCUCAUUUGUCAAGAAGUCCCAACCUCUUUUGGAUGUACACGCUGCGCAAGAAGAAAGCAAAGCAGAAUUUGAGAAAUCCUGGGAGGCGGGGGAGAUGAAGGACUGGGAGGAUACUUCUGAAAAGAACACGGUUGAAGGAGGGUCGAGCGGAAUAUGGUGUGUAGCAUGCCAGAAACAUUAUUCGAAGCAGACAGUCUACGACGCACAUUUGACCUCAAAAAAGCACAUCAAAGCGGCCGAAAAACAGUCCCAGUCGACUACACCUGUCCCUAAUCCCAAUGGACCCAAAGACACCCCUCAAGCUACUCAACCUUCGAAUUCCAGAAAUCGGCUUCAUGAAUCAGCGCUGUAUUGCCACCUUUCAAGUGUCCUCCUUGUCGAUCUCUUGCCCAUUUUGAAUGACUCGAAGUCUAAUGUUGAAAGAAGAUUCUCUCUUACUGCACGGGAGCGUGAACAAGAACUGUUGGAACAGUCAAAACCUCAGCCGGCUCCGGCCCCCUCCACAACUACUGGCGAAGAAGGCGAAGAGGAGGAAGAGGAAGAACGGAUAUACAAUCCCCUCAAGUUACCUCUCGGUUGGGAUGGCAAGCCAAUCCCAUAUUGGCUGUACAAAUUACAUGGGUUGGGAGUGGAGUAUAGGUGCGAAAUAUGCUCUGACCAUGUUUAUAUGGGAAGAAAAAAUUUCGACCGACAUUUCCAGGAAUCCCGACAUGCCUUCGGAAUGCGAGCCUUGGGGCUUCCCAACACAAAACAUUUUCAUGAAAUCACUCGUAUCCAGGACGCUCUUACCCUUGCUGAAAAACUGAAGCAAGAGGGUAGACAUGAAGUGUUCGAACAAGAAACCAUGGAAGAGCUCGAGGACGAUGAGGGCAAUGUUUAUAACCGCAAAACCUAUGAGGAUCUCAAAAAGCAGGGCCUCAUUUGAGCGGCCCGCUAUACUUAUCGGCAUGUAUUAUAGCAUAUAUUUUAUUGAUCUGAGCAAUGCUCAUUAUUGCCGCACU